AUGUCAAUCGCUUAUGGAUUCGACCCGGAUAUCUCACCGAUUUACGAAGACGACAAUGGCACGUAUCACUCUGCCCAUUUUAGCUCGGCAGACACGCCUAGAAAGUCCGGCCGAGUAACGAAUCAAACUAUGGGAGCAUCUCGAAUCGAUUCGAAUUUAUCGAGUUUUCACGAUUUUCACCAAGAAUGCGCCCCAAUCUCGGAGAGUACUGUAGAAGAAUCGGAUUUUCGGGAAAGACAAGAAGAGGAUUCAGAUGAGAAUGUUCCAGAUUCAAGGGAUGGAGUCUUAGAAGCUCCCGACUUCAACGAUGAUGAUGACGACGAGAAUGUUCCAGAGUCUGUGGGAUUUCUAGCUGACACGUGGAUUGUGCUUUCUGCCGGAUGUUGUCUCCCAAUUAGGCAUCAUUUGUCGAAGAAAUUAAAGGAAAUGGGCGCUGAAGUCCAACAAAACGUUGACUACCGUACCACCCAUGUAGUCGUGGAUCGUUAUGGAGACGAAUCGAUCGUUGGAAAGGCGAUGGCACGUCGUCCUCAUCCUCCAGCGAUGGUAGAUAUUAAAUGGAUUCAAGAGUGUCUGGAUCACCGGAAAAAAUGUCAAGAAUCGGACUAUUCCAUGCAAGGACUACGGUAUUUGAAGCAGACGUGCCGGCGGUUGUCCAGUUUCCGAGAACCGUCUCCUAUGGGACAAGAAGCAUCGUUUUUUGAGGAUUUUGAUGAUGAGGAGGCGCCAAAUGAUCCGAAAAAGCUUCUAGAAGAGAUUCGGAAGUUGUCAGAUAGACUGGAUGCGCUGUUGGAUUAUGAGCCUGUCAUUCGAUUUGAAUACCACUCCCCCGACUGUCCCACACGCCAACAUGAAAAACGACGCUCAGCAAUUCCACCACCUCGAAACCCGUUGAAUCUACCUCCAGAAGACGUCCGACGUCUUCUGACUACUAUAUCAACCUUAACGACCAUCAGAAGACGUCGCUCGUUUUCAGGAUAUAUUUUGGAACAUCGUGAACCAGAAAAUCUGGCUGUGGAGGUUCAAAAAAUGACGAAGGAUGUCAGAGAAAUUUGGGAGAAACCCAAAGGAAAAUCACCGAAAAAAUCGAAAAAGGCCCCACAAAAAACGGUGAAUGAUAUGAGAAAAACCAUGGCAGCAGAUCUGACAACAAUUCGAAAUACACUUGGAAGAAAUGCAGAUUUGAAUAGAGCGAGAACGCCAGCUAAGAAGACACAAAAAGCAGUAAAGAAGCCGUUAAGCAGACAAAAAAUGGAGCCAGUUAGAGCUGAUGACUCGGAUAUUGAGUCAGCUUUAGCGUCAUUGAGCAUUUCUGGAGCAAGAAAUGGAGCUAGGAGAGCUCUGCAAAAGAGUUCAGUACUGAUUGUGGAAGAUUCUAGAAGACCACUGGUUCCCACGGCGUCUAACGUCAUCAAUCGGCUUCAGAAGAGGAGUGAAGAGGAGGACGAUGAUUUUAUUUCCGAUGUUUCCGCGUAUAUUCAGAUGAGAAAUCAGAAGAAAAUAAUUAGGGAUAAUGAGGAAGAAGAGAAGAAUGAAGUGGUUUUCACUGGGUUUAGCAAAGACUCUCCAAUCGAAACGAGACUCAAGAGCAUCAUACGACGGUUCCGACUGAACGUCGCCACUGAAAUCGACGAUAGGCGAACGCUUUGUGUCGUUUCGCGACACGGAAAACGUACUUUGGUUGUGCUGAAAGCGAUUUGCUGCAAUGUGCCGAUAAUUCGGCCACAAUGGCUCGAAGAGUCGUUCGAAGACUCGCAAUUGCUCUCAAUCGAUGAUUAUGUGUACGAAGAAUGGCUGCUGAUUCAAAACAAUAGAAUUUUUGAGAAUUUCCACUUGAAAAUGUGGAUUUCGUCGGAAUGCACUCCAGAAGCCAAGGAGUUGGCAUGGAUGGUGGAAAAAUGUGGAGGAAAGGUCACUCGACACCUUCACAAGGCCGACUUGGCGAUAGCUCCAGAAGCAUGGGAGAUGCCGGAAAUCCACGUGGGGCAUAUCGAAGUGGUGACGCCCCUCUUCCUCAUCGACUCGAUUUCGAUGGCUGCGUUGCAGAGUUUUCGGGAUUAUAUGGAGAGAUGA